GACCUCCCUCCUAUUGGAGCUCCUUCGUGGGGUGGUGUCAAAGGGAAAAGUUAAAUAUUUACUAUAAAUGGAAUAACUGGAUUCAUUUCAGAGGAACGACGACAAGAAAAGGUUGGGAAGAUGGAAACAACCGAGCAGCUUGUUGAAACGCUGAACCAGCUCAGUGUCACAGACUUUAAGGAGUUCAAGGCUUUAAUUCAACCAGAGACCAACUUGGAACUAGACUCCAGCAGCUGCCUAAAGGAAGCAAACAUCCAGGAUGUUGUGAACUGGAUGGUGGAGAGGUUUAAAGAGGAAUGUGUGGAGGAGACCAAGAAGAUUUUACUGAAGAUGGGACGCCCUGAUCUGGUGCAAAGGUUGGCAGCUACCGACUCAGGAGUCAAAGGUUGCAGUGCAUCUGAAACCUGCGGCGUCAGUUACAGGGAAGGAGACGCUGCUUUCCGGGACUUCGAUGCUGGUCAGACAGGAGGGUUGAUUAAGCUUCUAGGAGAUCAUAUGAUAAAGAACAAAGUAGCCAAGGACUACAGAAGAUGGAUUAAACUUAAACCUGAGGUGAAAGUAAAAGGUCCACGAGAUGCUCCAACAUACAGCCUCCGGUCUGAAGCGGGCCGCUUUGAAUGCAGCGUCUCUGGUCUGCGUUGGUUCUGCCAGGAAAAGGUGGCCUUUAGGUACCGGUUCUGCUCGUGGGAUGGCCACAUGGAGAGGAUGGAGAGCAGAGGAUACAGGCCUGCAGGUCCUUUAAUGGACAUCACUGUCUCUACUGGGACGAUGCUGGAGGUCCAGCUGCCUCACUGGGUCUACAUCGAAGAUGUUCCUGAGUUAUUGGACAACUUUGCUGUCCUGCAUGUAACAGACUAUGGAGAUGUCCUGGAAAAAGUGGCCCAGGUCACAGAGACUCAUGUCACAUUAACAGAACCAGCUUUCUCCUUGUUGGGAUGUCUUCUAAACAUCUUCUUCUCUCCACGAAUCAACUGCUGUAACACAUUAAUAUACUAUCAGCCCAACAAGCCGUUCCUCAAGCUGCACGUUUACCUGAUCCUGCCGGAUCCUGCUCUGAAACAGUCGAUCUACAAAGAUGAAACCUCUGGGGGGUAUGAAGCAAUCAAGAAGCCCCACCCAGACCAGCGUCUGAAGAUGGACUGUGGUUUCACCCUCAAGGCUUCCGUAGAGACCGCCCACAUUCAGCCCCCGCAAAUAACUCUGAGGCACGUCAGCCAGGAUCCAAACUUCUACGAGGUGUUCAUUGAGAAUCCAGACAGAAGGUUUAACCUGGAGCUGCUGCAGACCGGUUCAGAAACAGUUUGGUUCUGUGAAAUUCGUAAAGGUCAGUUUGUUCCAUAAAUAUCACUUCUGUUUUCCUUCAGGACCAUAAUACUACAAGAUCUUUAAAUAAAACUAUUUAGGUUGGUGUUAAAGAUCUGAUGCAGGAAAUCUGCAACCGUUUUAUUGAACAAACAGUUUGUAUUUUUAGUUUAUAACUCUUUAAAACCAAGUUUAUAAUAUUUGAGUUUCUGAGAACUUCACAUCAGCAGGGAAAUAUUCUGCUUCUGGAAAAACUGGGUUUAUCCGAUCAAAAUG